AUGAAGAUGCGAUCGCUGGAUCAAGAAAUUGAUUUGCCUGACGUUUCGGAUUCUCACUCGAAUCCAUCAUCAGAGAUUUUCGCAGAUAAAGUUGAAGCUGCCAACAUGAUCGCAGCAUUGGAAUCAAUAGUCAGCCAGACGGGAGCGACAGAUGAAACGAAGAACCUCAUUCAACACCAAUUGUCCUCCCUCCCCAUGGCUCAUAGGCCGCGCGAUGUGCUUUCCAAGGGCGAGCGGGAUGCACUUAAGGAAUUCAGGGCCGACAACGACCUCGUUAUCGUGCCUGCGGACAAGGGGCGUUUAACGGUCGUAUUGGACAGGGCAAACUACAAUCAAAAAUCCAAAAGCUUGUUGGAAGAUCGUCAGUCCUAUGUCCCAUGCGAAUCCAACCCCAUGAAAACGCUGACACGCGAGAUUAACGCGACGCUGUUGGCAAUGGAGAACUCAGGUGCAAUAUCGACCGACGCAUGGCGAGAGCACAAGAAACGGCCCUAGCCCGAUUCUACAGUUUCCCAAAAGUGCACAAAGAGGGCGCUCCUCUCCGGCCUAUCGUAUCACUAAAGGGCACUCCAAUCUACGAACUGGCAAAGUGGCUGUUCCAAAGUCUCUAGUUUCUGACCUCCGAUUCGAACACCACAGUCAGCUCGUCAACGCAAUUCUUGGAGAAACUUAAAGGAGUAAGUCUCCUGCCAAGCGAUAUCAUGGUUUCCUUUGAAGUCACGUCCCUUUUUACUUCUAUCCCGCAGGACCUGGCAGUCGAGACAAUCGAACUUUUCCUACGAGAGAAGUACGACGAAACGGAGAAUGGCCUCGGACACGCCCAAAUCAUCCAGCUCCUGAAGUUCUGUCUCAAGACGUACUUUACAUUCGACGGAACAAUCUACGAGCAGGUGGAGGGAACGCCAAUGGGUUCGCCGAUUUCGGGACUCAUAGUCGAGGCGGUCCUACAACGGCUGGAGUCGCUGGAUUUCCGACACCACAGACCGAAAUUCUGGGCUCGGUAUGUGGAUGACACCUUCGUCGUCAUCAAAGGGAUCAGAUGCUGA